CGGGCCUCGUUAAGAGGCUCGUGGCGCGCCGCGGUCCCCGCAGGUCCUGGGGUGAGCGCCGACCGGCGGAGGGAGCCGCGCAGGGGCGCACGCUUGGCACCAUGACCCAGACGCCGGCCUUCGACAAGCCCAAAGUGGAGCUCCAUGUCCACCUUGAUGGGGCCAUCAAGCCUGAAACCAUCUUAUACUUCAGCCGGAAGAGGGGGAUUGCCCUCCCUGCCGAGACCGUAGAGGAGCUGCAGGACAUCCUGUGCACGGACAAGCCGCUCAGCUUCCCCAGCUUCCUGGCCAAGUUUAACUACUACAUGCCCACCAUCGCGGGCUCCCGGGAGGCCAUCAAAAGGAUCGCCUACGAGUUCGUCGAGAGGAAGGCCAAGGAGGGUGUGGUGUACGUGGAGGUGCGCUACAGCCCGCACCUGCUGGCCAACUGUAAAGUGGAGCCGAUCCCCUGGAACCAGCCUGAAGGGGACCUCACCCCGGAUGAGGUGGUGGCCCUGGUGAGCCAGAGCCUGCAGGAGGGAGAACGGGACUUCAAGGUGAAAGUGAGGUCCAUCCUGUGCUGCCUGCGCCACCAGCCCAACUGGUCCCUGGAGGUGGUGGAGCUGUGUCAGAAGUACCAGCAGACUGUGGUGGCCAUCGACCUGGCAGGAGACGAGACCAUUAAAGGGAGCAGUCUCUUCCCGGGACACGUGAAGGCCUAUGAGGAGGCUGUGAAGAGAGGCAUCCACCGCACUGUGCACGCAGGGGAGGUGGGCUCAGCGGAGGUGGUCAAAGAGGCUGUGGACACGCUCAAGACGGAGAGGCUGGGCCACGGCUACCACACGCUGGAGGACGAGGCCCUUUAUGCCAGGCUGCGGCAGGAAAACAUGCACUUCGAGAUCUGCCCCUGGUCCAGCUACCUUACAGGCGCCUGGAAGUCGGACACAGAGCACGCGGUGGUUCGGCUCAAAAAUGACCAGGCUAACUACUCACUCAACACGGAUGACCCACUCAUCUUCAAGUCCACCCUGGAAACGGAUUACCAAAUGACCAAACGGGGCAUGGACUUUACCGAGGAGGAGUUUAAGAGAGUGAACAUCAAUGCGGCAAAGUCUAGUUUCCUCCCAGAAGAUGAAAAGAAGCAGCUUCUUGAUCUGCUCUAUAAAGCCUAUGGGAUGCCAUCUUUGGAUGCUGCAGCAGGGCAGCAUCCCUGAAGACAUCAUGGCCACCUCUCCAAGCCCUCCCCCUGUGGAUGGAGCCUCCUCAAUUCUCUGGGGUUGAACGACACUUACCUUUACUCUUUCAAGGAAGACGAUGAUGCCCAUAGUCAACUUCUGCUGCUCUUGAAGCCAUGUGCCUGUUUCUAUACACAGGAAUACCUUGGCAUACCACAUCUCUCCUGACUACGGGCCAGAGUCUGGUUGAAUCUGAAACCUCCCUCCUAUAGUGACACAUGCUGAAAAUCUGGUGCUCAAUAAAGAAGCCAAUGGCUGGUA